AUGGUGACUCUGGACUUCAUCACAGACCUGCCCGCUUCUCAGAGGAAAACGUCAGUAUUGGUCAUCAUGAACGCCUUUACUAUUAUUGCAAUUAAUGGGGAAGGUGGAACACUUCCUCCCAUUGACUUAAGGGCCUUGAUCAAGGACGUAGCAACCUGCCCUUACACACCACACUCAUCGCCUGUACAAGAAACAUGUAGCAAGGCCGCUGCUUGUAGCCAGGCAUCUCUUCGACAUGGGGCCCGAAGCUGUGAUAGGGGUCGUGCCAUCCUCGCUCCCACUUCGGAAAGCGAGGCUUGGCUAGCCAAGUGCUAUGGAGAUGGACUAAUGUCACAAUACAUAAAAUCCUGGAAAGAAGGAGAUUCAGUUUUUUGGAGAGGACCAUUUGGAGGCUUUCCUUACACAGCCAAUCAAUAUGGAGAACUUCUCAUGCUUGCUUCUGGUACUGGUCUAGCACCAAUGCUUCCUACUCUUCAGCAUGUAACAGAAAAUGAGGAUGAUGAAACAUUUGUAACUCUAGUCGGCUGCUUCAAGAAUUUUGAAAAUAUUUACAUGAAGUCUCUUCUUCAAGAGCAAUCUCGAUUCUGGAACGUAAGGGCAUUUUACGUAUUAAGCCAGGAGGCUGCUGCUGCAGGGAACCAAAAUCCACCACAGCCGGCGCUGUCUGCUCCAUGUUGCCACAAACGGGAAGAGACCCCCUAA